AUGCGGUCCCAAUUAACUCGGAGUGUCUUCCGGGGUCUCCUUUCCACCGAGGGGCUCGUCCUCCGCUGCCAUGCAUCGAUUCCGACAAGAAGAGCUUCAAGAUGGCGCAGAGGGAGUUAUGCGGGAGGAGAGAUGAGUGUAGCAGGUGGUAUACAGCAAAGAUCACUCUUCGGAUUCUCUCGGAAAGAGGAACGGAAACCCAAAGACCCAGAGUUUGUGCCCGGUCUCGAAACCUUUAUCGAAUUUUCCAACAUGCAAAGAAUUGGCGCGCGUUUACCACUAGUCCCAGACAUAGUGCGAGCAUGGCAACGGUUUUUCGACUACAAGAAUCAGAAGAAGGAGCCUCUAAAUAGGCUACAGGCCGUGCAGAUAUUACGGACGUUCAACUACUUGAAGGAGGUUCAGACAGAAGAAGGUGUGUAUGACUUGAGCAUUGUGGCGUUGAAGAAUGCGAGGAGAGCACUACUUCUUAUGCCAAAGGACAAUGAGGUUGAUCUGCACAGCGAGCUUGCGAGAGGCAUCUACGACGAGCUUGUGCGGAGAGGGCGCUGGCAAUUGGCGGAUGUGGGGUAUCUGGUUGGAGUCCUGACACGGACUGGCGAUACGACUGCUGCGCUGAAACUCGUACAAGAACAUUACGCCGAAUUGACUACUGUCGAGACCGACGCACCUACGAGUUCGUCGAAAGCGAAGUUCAUUUGGAAACUCAUUCUUGCGGGAUUCGCGAAGGAAAACAACGAGACGGAGCUGCUCAAAACGCUGGAGAUUAUGGGUGAUGGCUUUCCCCAUAAUCUGGACACGCAGAAGAUUAUGACUUGCUUUUACGCGGAAAGGGACGAUGUUGAGGCGACGAAGAUGUGGUUUGGCAAGCCCGGGGCAGAUGGACAACCAUUAAGAAAAACAAGUCCCAGGACCUUGACUGCGAUUAUGGAAUUCAGUAUACGAAAUAACGAGCUGGAUUGGUGCAAGCAGUGUUUCCGAGAUGUUGUAGAGAGAGAUCCAACAAAAGAACAAUGGGACAUUGUAUUGCAAUGGGCGGCAGGGGCAGUUGGAAAAGGAGUUGAAGACGUGGAGCAAAUGAUGGAAGUAAUGAGUAAACGCAACCCAGAUCUGCAACCAGACAUCACUACCAUCAACGGCCUGGUAUCGCUCGCCAUUUCCCAAAAAGAUCCCUACCUAGCAGAACGCUACAUUGCUCUCGGCCUGAAAUCCAACAUCCAGCCCAACGCCCGUACCUUUAUCCUACAAAUGAACUACCGCGUCGACGCCGGCGAUCUACGAGGCGCACAAUCCGCCUACGAAUCCCUACAAGGAGAGGAAAUCCUCGACGACGAAGACCUGCCCGCAAUAAACCACUAUAUCCGCGCUCUCUGUGCCUCCAAAACGAACUACUACGACAGCAUCACGUCUAUACUCCAAGAUCUCGAGGCGCGCAAAGCACGUCUAGAAGCCGAUACUGUUUCUGCAGUAGCAAUGCUUUACAUGUCGCAUUCACAGAUAGACGACAUAUACGACCUCCUCCAAACAAAUUCCUACCACUAUACACUCCUUGAACGGGCAUCGAUCCGUGACACCUUUUACGCCUACGUCUUCGACCGCGCCGUCCCUACUCCAAAAGCCUGGGAAGCGUACCAAAUCCUACGCACUCUCUUUGACGAAACUGACGUCGCGAUGCGCACCAAGCUCAUGGAAGAAUUCUUCGCCCGCGGCAGAAGCGAUAUGGGUACCCACGUAUUCGGGCACAUGCGCUCCCACAACCUGCCCUCACACCGCCCCACGCUCUCCACAUACGUCAGCAUCUUCCUCAACAUAGCCCGGCUCUCUGAUCUCGAAUCCCUCGGAAUGGUCCACAACAUGCUCAAACUCGACCCCAACAUCGAACCCAACACCCUCCUCUACAACGCGCUCAUGCUCGCCUACGCCAGCACGGGCGACGGUGACCACGCCUUGGAAUUCUGGGACGACAUUACGAAUAGCGAAGAGGGCCCUAGCUACCGCAGUCUGGAAAUCGUCAUGCGCGCGUGUGAGAUGACACCGUUUGGCGAUCUAAGGGCGCGCGAGAUCUGGGAUCGCAUGAGGAGGAUGGAGAUUGAGAUUACGCAGGGCGUGUGGGGUGCGUAUGUGGGGGCGCUGGCGGGGAGGGGGAAGUUGGAGGAUGCUAAGGCUGUUGUUGAGGGUGGGGAGGUGGACUUUGGAUUAAAGCCUGAUGCUUUGACGCUAGGUAUAUUCUACAACGCCAUCCCAGGCCGCAACCGCAAAGAAGAAGUCGCCGAAUGGGCCAAAGCCAUGUAUCCCGAGCCGUGGGCCGAGCUAGAGAAAGUCGGGCAGCGGGAGCACGUCGAGGGCUGGAGCUUGUUUAAUAUUGAGAGGGAGUGGAAGGCUUGA